UCAACUCAACACCAAAAUCUCUCUUAUUUCCCUUGUUUUCUUCGAAUUUGAAAUGGCUCGCACCAAGCAGACCGCUAGAAAAUCAACGGGCGGUAAGGCGCCGUGGAAGCAGCUGGCCACAAAGGCUGCUCGGAAGUCGGCACCGGCCACCGGAGGUGUGAAGAAGCCACACCGCUUCAGGCCUGGAACCGUGGCUCUGAGGGGGAUCAGGAAGUACCAGAAGAGCACUGAACUUUUGAUCUGAAAGCUUCCGUUCCAGAGGCUGGUGAGAGAGAUUGCUCAGGGUUUCAAGACUGAUUUGAGGUUCCAAAGCAGUGCGGUUGCGUCGCUUCAGGAGGCAGCUGAGGCGUACCUUGUGGGGCUCUUUGAGGACACUAACCUCUGCUAUUCAUGCCAAGAGAGUCACCAUCAUGCCUAAGGAUAUUCAAAAGUAGAGGGACCAAAAAAUGGCAAAAUUUUUA